AUGGGCGAGGGGGCGGGGGUCUUAAGCAUCCUGCGCCGCCACCGAGGCCCCGCGCACCCCGGUGCGCACAGGGUGACACAAGCGAAGCUGUUCGGGGAGCGCUGCCCGGCCGCGUCCCUCUCCUGCUUCCAGACGCCGCAGCGGGUGCCCUACGCCGAGGCCGUGAGGCAGCAGUUCAGGACGGUGCAAGUUGGAGACACCUUCGGGCCCACGUGGGAGACGUGCUGGUUCAAGGUGGAGCUGCGCGUGCCCCCGGCGUGGGCAGGCCUCGAGGUGCACUUCAUCUGGGAGAGCGAUGGCGAGGCCAUGGUGUGGCGAGAUGCACAGCCGGUGCAGGGAUUGACCAAGGAAGGCGAGAAGACCAGCUACAUCCUGACCAGCAGCCUGAAGGAGACAGAGCCCCACAGCCUGACGCUGUACGUGGAGCUGGCCUGCAAUGGUCUCUUUGGGGCCGGGAAGGGCAGCAUGAUUGCCCCUCCGGACCCGGACAAGAGAUUCACCCUGAGCAAGGCAGAGCUGGCUGUCUUCAACAGGGAUGUCUAUGAACUGCUGGUGGAUCUGGAGAUACUGCUGGACAUGGCCCAGCACCUCGGGGAGGAAAACCAGAGGAGCUUUCAGGCGCUGUACGCUGCCAACCAGAUGGUGAACGUGUGCGAUGUUACGGACCCGGCCACCUUCCCCGCCGCGCGGCGCUUGGCUGCGGGGAUCUUCAGCCAGAAGAACGGCGCGAGCCAGCACACCAUCCACGCCAUGGGGCACUGCCACAUCGACUCCGCCUGGCUGUGGCCGUAUGAGGAGACCAUCCGGAAGUGCGCGCGGAGCUGGGUCACGGUUGUCCGCCUGAUGGAGCGCAAUCCAGAGCUCACCUUCGUCUGCUCCCAGGCGCAGCAGUUCGAGUGGGUGCGAUGCUGGUACCCUGGGCUCUACACACAAAUUCAGGACUAUGUCACGAAGGGACGGUUCAUUCCUGUUGGAGGCACCUGGGUAGAAAUGGAUGGGAACCUGCCCAGCGGGGAGUCCAUGGUGCGGCAGUUCCUCCAGGGUCAGCGGUUCUUCCAGCAGCAGUUUGGCCGGAUCUGCUCAGAGUUCUGGCUGCCGGACACGUUUGGAUACUCGGCACAGCUGCCCCAGCUGAUGCGUGGCUGUGGCAUCCGGCGCUUCCUCACGCAGAAGCUCUGCUGGAACCUGGUGAACCCCUUCCCGCAUCACACCUUCUUCUGGGAAGGCAUUGAUGGCUCCCGAGUCCUGGCCCAUUUCCCCCCUGGUGACUCCUAUGGGAUGCACGGGCGAGUGGAGGAGAUGCUGAAAACAGUGAAGAACAACAAGGAUAAAGGACGUGUGAACCACAGCGCUGUCCUCUUCGGCUUUGGAGACGGAGGAGGAGGCCCCACACAGAAGAUGCUCGACAGGAUGAAGAGAAUGAGUGACACGGACGGGCUGCCAAGGGUUCAGUUCUCCACUCCUGACCAGCUCUUCUCUGCGCUGGAGAAGGAAUCAUCCCAGCUGUGCACCUGGGUGGGAGAGCUCUUCUUGGAGCUGCACAACGGCACCUACACCACCCAGGCCCAGAUAAAGAAGGGGAACCGGGAGUGCGAGCGCAUUCUCCACGACGCCGAAGUUCUCAGCGCUUUGGCUCUGGCUCGGGGAGGCAAUUUCCAGUAUCCAGCCGUCGAGCUGCAGCGGCUCUGGAGGUUGUUGCUCCUUAACCAGUUCCAUGAUGUGCUGCCAGGCAGCUGUAUCCAGCUCGUGGUUGAGGAUGCCCUCCGCUACUACACAGAGAUCUGCAAGGCUGGUGUUCAGCUCCAGGGAGAAGCUGUAGAGUCCUUAUGUGGGGAACUGCUGAGGUCCAACAGGUCCAACUUGGAGAGCGCUGAGAGCACCCUCGUGUUGAACACAUUGCCCUGGGACAGGACCGAAGUCAUCUCCAGGAUUGGGCCAACUGGAGCAGAGAUUUUAGCUCUGGUGACAGCUCCCAGCAUGGGCUAUGCUAUAGCCAGGGAGCCCGUGCUGCCCCCUCAGCUUGUGUCGGUGACGAAACGGGAGGAUGGCUCCGUUAUCAUGGAGAACGGGGUGCUUGCAGCGUGCCUGGACACGAUGGGACGCCUGACCUCGCUUCGGCUGGUACACUCCGACAGAGAGUCAGUCCCGGAUGGAUGCCCUGCCAACCAGUUUGCACUCUUUGAUGAUAUUCCCUUGUACUGGGAUGCUUGGGAUGUGAUGGAUUAUCAUCUGGAAACCAGGAAACCGGUCACAUCUCUGCUAAAGCCUCUGGAAAUCACCCAGCGUGGUGGGCUGCGAGGAAGCGCCAGCUUCUGUCUGCGGAUUGGGGAAAGGAGUACCUUAACACAGGAGAUCAUCCUGGAUGCCAUGAGCCCAUACCUGCGGUUCCUGACCCAGGUUGAGUGGAAGGAGGCUCACAAGUUCCUGAAGGUGGAGUUCCCCGUGCAGGUGCGGAGCACAAAUGCUACCUACGAGAUCCAGUUCGGGCACCUGCAGCGGCCAACUCACUGGAACACAUCGUGGGACUGGGCCCGGUUCGAGGUGUGGGCUCAAAAGUGGAUGGAUCUCUCUGAGCACGGCUUCGGCGUCGCAUUGCUCAACGACAGCAAAUACGGGGCAUCGGCCCACAGGAACGUCCUCAGCCUCUCGCUGCUGAGAGCACCCAAGUCCCCUGAUGCCACGGCAGACAUUGCACAGCACCAGUUCACCUACGCUGUGAUGCCCCACGAGGGUUCCUUCCAGGAUGCAGGUGUGAUCCAGUGCGCCUACAACCUGAAUUUCCCUCUUCACGUGGUCCCAGCUGGCUCUGCCCCGUGCUCGGCCUGGAGCGCCUUUUCCGUGAGCUCGCCUGCAGUCGUGCUGGAGACUGUCAAGCAGGCUGAGGACAGAGCGGAAGCGGUGGUGGUGCGACUGUACGAGGCGCACGGCAGCACGGCCGUGGCCUGGCUCCAGACCUCGCUCCCCGUUCGAGAGGCGAUGCUCUGCGACCUCCUGGAGCGGCCGGCUGAGGGGAGCUGCCUGCCCUUGGAGCAGCGGGGCCUGAGGCUUUCCUUCUCACCCUUCCAAGUGCUCUCUGUCCUCUUGGUCCUGAGGCAGUGA